GGAAAUUUUAAAACCAACAAGAUGGCCGGAUAAAGUUUAAACGCUGUAAGCCGUAUGGUUACAAUCUCUUUCAAAAUGCAAUUUUGUGAUUCCAUUUUUUUUUCUAUGCCGUGAAUAAGAAUAACAAAUGUGGUUCGAAAUUUAAAAACACAACGGAAUGCUUUUGUUUUCCGGAAGAGCUUGUAGUUCAAUAUAUUAGAAUAGAAAUAAUUAGCUAUUAUCAAAGGAAUAGUAUAUAUUGUUAAAAUAUUAAUUAGGUAGAUUAUAUAAUUGUGCAAACUAUUUCUUGUCACAAUCGUUUCAAAAUCGUUUCAAAAGAGAGAAGUAUCACAAAAGUACAGAGGAGAAGUGAUUGAAAAUAGAACUGCAACGAAAUUAUGCCUUCGGUUAUACCACUGACGUUGUUGAUUUUGGGACAGCUAAAAUUUCUUGAUGCGGAUUUGUUUCCGAUGAAGAAAUUUUUUGAUUCAGACAGAGCAUACUCACAUUUGUGUCGUUAUGGAGGAAACAUAUGUUGUGACUGCUCUGACGAUUGUAUGAAGUACAAAACUUGCUGCAUAGACAAGUUGUGGGACGAUGAAAAAAAAGAUCACUUGCAGACGUAUCUUAAACUCUUUCUGAGUGAAUCACAAAAGUAUAAAAAUAUGUCCUGUGAACCAGCUUUGACAGUAAAUAAAACACACCCUGUGAAAUCAUAUUUCAUGGUAAAAUCCUGUCUUCCGAAUACAACAGGAGAUGAUGUAGAGCGCUGUCUGAAAUCGAGCUUGCAUAUCAAGGAUGAUAUUCCAGUACUAGGCAACGACACCUACUUGUAUAGAAAUUUGCACUGUGCCAAAUGCAAUUUAGUAUUUGAUUACAAAUUUAUUGAUAUAAAAGCAAAGUGCGAAAAUGCGUCAAAUCUUAUGCUCAGGAAAACCAUCAGUAAAGAGGAGUUGAACAAACUAAGUAAAUGCGAGUUUUCCUUAGAUACUAGCGACCAUUUUCAACAAGGGUAUAUUCGUGCGUGUGAAAGAAAACAGAAUGUAUGUCCACAAACUGACCCGUUUUAUAACUUAUGCAAUGCGUAUGGAAAGACUAUGGGUGAAUACAAAAAUUACCAUUGUGCAAUGUGCGCAGCCAAUCAGAAUUUAGAAGUUAUUGUUAUCAAUAAAACUGUUGUUCAACCAACUCAUUUUCAUAACGGAACCCAUAAUGUUACCACACUUAAAAACGUGACAAUACAAGAAGCAUAUCCAGUUACAUUGCCCAUGCCGGAUAUUGAUUUCACCUGCUCUGCUGCACCUUGCAAAUUUCGGCAUUGUUAUAUGCCCAAUGGCGAGGAUUCUACAAAAUUUGAAAGCACGUUCUCAAUCGGAGCCCUUGAAGAAAAUAAAGGUGAAAUAAAAUAUUUAAAGCAAAAAUUUCCAAUUAGACAAUUUAUGAAUAUUUCCAAAGCGUAUGAUUUUGGAUUUAACAAAGGUUUGGAACAAUAUCUAUGCAAUGCUCCUAGAGAAAAAUGUUGCGACUGCAGUGACGACUGUAUGGUAAGAAAGAGAUGUUGUAUUGAUAAAUUUUGGAACGAAACACAUCCUGUGAAUUUAAAUUCGUACAUAAACCAAUUCAUUCAAACCUCGCAGGAAUAUAAAGAUUAUUUUUGUGAACCAAUACUUCCCAUGGCGUAUUCGUUUGGUUAUCAAACUGAAUAUCGGCUAAUGGUGAAGUCCUGCUUGCCAAAGGCAAGUGUUGAUAACGUAAAGAAGUGCUUACACGGUUUUACAGGCGGAUUGCUUCACUCUAAUUUACCAGUAAAGGGUUUUAAUGGAUACAUAUAUCGAAAUUCGUUUUGUGCUAAAUGUAAUUUUAUCACCAAAUACCAACCAAUCAGCGUUAAAGCAGAUUGCAACGUAAAAAAUCCACAAACGUUUUAUAAAAUGCUUUAUAACACUUCUCUUGGGCUUGAUAUUGAAAGCAGUUUUAAAGAAUGUGAGUUCUCUUUAGCAAAUUCACGUUACUACAAGUCAAAAAAAUGUAACCCCAUGGAUUACUUAAAGGGAGAUUGUCCAAGAUCGAAUAUACAUUACGAACUUUGCCAUGUUUAUAGUGGUAAAGUUGCAGGUUUUCAAAAUUACCAUUGCUGGCUUUGUAAUCAAAAUAAUCACACUUCUACAUUUCCACCUAUUGAUUAUUGUGAUGACUUUUGUUUUGGACCUACUAGUUGUUCCAGAGGACCUGAUCCUACGUGGUCGUUACUGCUAAAUUUUAAUACCAAUCAAUUUCAAAUUGCCAAUCAAAAGUCCAGGUCAAUUUGCAAAAAUGGAAGCAAAUAUGACACAGGAACGCUGAAGUGUGAGAAAGUCAUUUGUCCACCUGACUUUGUCUUUGAUGGGAAAGACUGUUUACCAAAACCCAAAAAGCCCAUUCCUGAAACACACGUGCUUAAACCAACAUUCGAUAAAUGUUUUAGUAGCAACGUGACAUUGUAUAUGGUUUUAAAAAAGGUGAUAAGUAGCAGUAAGAUAAAGAUUUUACGAAAUUUUCCACCUUAUAUGUAUGAUAAAUUUACAACCUAUUCAGUGAUAAACCAAACAAAUGAUGACCAAUUUGUAAUCAUUUUGUCAAAUUUUCUUCUACCUCCUUGGUCAGACGUAAAUCAAAACAUAUAUAAAUUCUUUAAAUCAUUAGAAGUGGGUUAUAAUUACAAUUUAUGGCACAAUAUUGAAAAGAUUUUGAUAACUAAAGGAAGAAAGUUAAAAUAUACAGAACAUUACCAGUUAGAAAUGUCUCGUUACUUCCCAAAAUAUCGUAUAUGUGCCGAGGCGAAUAUACGCAAUGGAACUGAUGGCUCCUUUACUAGAUCAUGCAUGGUAACGAAAGGAAAUGAGACAUUCUCCAAACAAAAUAUUUCAAUGUGGAUUGAAAUAAGCAAAAAGUCAUCAAGUAAAUGGUACAGCACCUGUCAAAAGUAUCAUUUACAUUCCAACUGUCCUCGGAGAAAAAUAAGUGGUCACAUCUCUUUCAGUGAAGAGGGAAAUCUUCUGCAUAAAAGGCUUGGUCAAGUAGAUACUUACAACGUGAGCGAAUAUAUACCACUAUCUAAAGGUUAUGGUGUUUGUAUCAGAAGUUCGUUUACAGGGUACGGCGUUAAAGGCAACCACUUGGAGACUGUCUAUGUGAUUGAACACUACAUUUCCUUAACAGGGACAAUUAUUAGUGUCAGUUUUUACAUAUUUGUUAUUCUGAGUUUCCUACUUUUUAAAGAACUUCGAACUGUUCCUGGAUUGAACACAUUGGGAAUGUGCAUAUCAUUAUUUUUCGCAGAGGUAAUAUUUUUACUGGCAAUAAACUCUAAUUUUUCAGGAACUGCUUGCAAAAUAGUUGCUGCAACAUUGCACUGGUGCUUAUUGAGUUCAUUUAUGUGGAAUAUGAUCAUCGCUUUUGAUUUGAUUUCAAAAUUCAGUUCUUUCACUGUUGCCAGUCGAGGAAAUAACAAUAAGAAAUUCAUUCGUCGCUGUAUUUAUUCACUCAUUCCUCCAACCUCAAUAGUUUCUCUGUCUGUAAUACUAGCAGCAAAAACAACCGUUGUUGGUUAUGGUACAUCCGGCUUUUGUUGGAUUACAGGUUUUUAUGCACGUGUUGGCUUCUACAUUAUUCCAGUCGCCGUCAUAUUUCUCACCGCACUUUCAACCUUGCUGUAUACAGUACGUAAAAUUCACAGCGAAUUCAAAGUGAACGAAGAAAUCUUGAAAACUGGUAAGAAGACUAAAAAGGAGACCUUAAAAAUCGCAUUGAAGCUUGCUAUUAUACUUGGCAUCACCGAAGGUUUAGGUUUUAUUCAAAUAGCUAAAUCACAUCUCAGUUACAGCGAGGAAGUUUUUAACGCCUGUUUCAGUCUGUUGUAUUCCACUUUCAGAGGUUUACGAGGGUUAAUGCUGUGCUCGGUGUAUAUAAUAGGUGCAAAUGUUUUAGGGCUAUAUCGUAAAAGAGCACGCAGCUUAUUUACGACAGAUACCGGUAGAAAUUGGAACGUACUUUAUCGACAUAAAGGAAUGAGCACGUCAUCAAGUCAACACGACCAAUCUGAGACCAACACCUCCACAGUUUAGAAAUGUUUUAUAUGUCCACGCUUCUAAAGCAGUUGUUUCGUUUUCCGGCUCAAUCGGUAAUCUAAGGCAUACAGAACGGUCAGUGAAACAAAAAUUUUGUUUGAAUUAUAGGGAAUUCAACUUAUAGAAAUUAUUCUGAUUUUGUAAUUCUUUGCAGUGCAGUGAUUUUGAUAUCUAUGCAUUUAAAUCUUUCGUUUGGGACUUCUGGUUAAAUAUAAAAAUGCUGGAACAUUUUCUUCUUGAAAUUGAAAAUUUGUUGGUUGAAAGAAAAAUUAUAGACGUGUUUUGCGUUUGAAUACACAUUGGUCAAUUUUUUUUUAAUUUGUAAAAUGUUCAAAUUAAAGAGAGAAAAUGCUGCAAAAUAUAACUCCAAGGAGAAAACUCAUGGAGGUUGAAUUCUGGAAAGUCACUUUUAUUCAGUUUUUUGAAGUAUUUUUACCGUGCCAGAAAAUAUAAAGAGAUUUUUUAAUUAUAGAGAAUCUACUGUAUAAAUAUUUUCUUGAAUGAUGACAUUAUAUGCAACUUUUAGUUGAGCCCUAUUUUCAACGAACUUGUGGAAUUAUAAAAAAUGAAAUCUGUCACUGAUAUCGAUCAUAGCUUAAUUUUACAAUACAAAUAUUUAUCGUAGUUAAUCAAAUAAUUAGUAAAGUAUAAAAACCAAAACAAAAGCUAUGUAUACUUCACUAAUUAAUAUUUGAUGUUUAAUGUCAUUAGUAGUUUUUGUAUAUUUAGUUUAUACUAACAGGUUACUUGUCGGUUAAUUACGUUCCCCAAUGAGGAAACCUGACUUCAACCCUCACCCUUGGGUUGGGGGGGGGAGAGGGGGGGGG